AUGACCCCCGUCACAGCUGACGUGUCCUCAAGCAGCAAGCACCACUGCUGGCCUGUCCGUUUCCUGGAAGAGCCACAGCAAAGAAGGGAGGUGCUGCCGCUUGCCAGGAGGCAGGUAGCCUCACUGAUCACACCCCCUCCAGCAAAGCUGCAGGCGGCAUUUGACGUCAUCUGUGACAACGUGGGCCGAGACUGGAGGAGGCUGGCCCGGCAGCUGAGAGUCUCGGACGCCAAGAUCGACGCCAUCGAGGACAGGCACCCCCGGAACCUGACGGAGCGGGUGCGGGAGUCGCUGCGAACCUGGAAGGACACGGAGAAGGAGCAGGCGACAGUGGCCCACCUGGUGGAGGCGCUCCGGGCCUGCCGCAUGAACCUGGUGGCCGACCUGGUGGAGGAGGAUCAGCAGACCCGGGCCCUCCACAGCAGGGCCGGGGCCGCGUCCCCGAUGUCCAUGGACUCCGACGUGUCUGCCGUGGAAGCCUCCUGA